AUGGCAGAGAAGGAGCAGCAAGCCUAUCAUCCUCCGGCAAACAAUGGCUAUUCCCGAAAUGAUGAAGAAGCACAGGCAGCAGAAGCUGAAAAGCUUCGCCUCAAGAAACGCAAGCGUUUGACAUUUUUCGUUAUCUUCAUGGUGUCUCAAAUCGUUAUUGGAAUUGUGAUUGGUUUAACAAUAAUGAAAGUCAAAAAUCCCAAGUUCCGGGUGAGAUCAGCCACAUUCGAGACCUUUAAUGUGUCAAACUCAAACUCUUCAUUUAACAUGACGAUGAAUGCUCAACUUGGUGUCAAAAACCCCAAUUUUGGCCCCUAUAAAUUUCGCAACACCACUGUCAAAUUCUACUACAAGGAAACACUAGUUGGGACUGCUAUUGUUUCCAAGUCGAAAGCCGGUCUGAAAACAACCAAGAAGUUUGAUGUUACAGUGGACCUCAUCGCACCAAUUAGCCUAGCAAGCGAUGCACAAUUGGCAAGUGAUAUAAGUAUUGGGUUGUUGCCUCUGAGAAGUCAAUCUGAACUGAGUGGAAAAGUGGAGCUAAUGUUGAUAAUGAAGAAGAAGAAGACUACCCAAAUGAAUUGCACCAUGAACGUCAAUAUCAAGUCUCAGCAGCUCCAAGAUGUGAUGUGCAAGUGA